UCCACUAUGGUUCUCUUACAGUUUGUAAACAACAUUACACAGUGAAUUCAUGUAGGACAGGAGCAAGUCCAGCAAGUCCCUUUGCUUAUUGUGCUGGUCCCAAGCCUGGAUAAAUGCAUUUUAACCUUAUUUACUCUACAAAUGAAAAACACAAAGAGGUGGAAAACUGGUGGUUUGAAAUGUUUGUAAUGUCCAAUUAUGUGUUUGGCUUGUCUUGAAUGUGAUCGUGCAUGUAUUGAUGCCUUUAGGCUACAUUAUAUCACCAUGCGCUCAAAUCUCCUGAACUCUGACCGGAGGCAGUGGCAGUUUGGCAGUAUGUUAUACUGCUGUGCUACCAACCGCCCACCUACAUCAGAAACAGCCACUCAAUCGCUUCAUGCACACUCUGAAACGUGCCCAAAUAUUUCCUCUGGAAUCCAGCGGUCAGCAGCACGUUGAGUGGGAGUAAUGUAACAUUUUAAAUGUUAAUGUCACUUAAAACAGCUGGGGAAUAGGUCGCAUUUUAUUUUAUUUACUUUUUAUUUCAUUUUCACAGCAACUUUUUCUUGCCGGCACGCACGUGACAUUAAAAAUGUUAUGGAUUUUUUAUUCUUUAAAGCAUAAAACGUUGCACAUGCCUCUGCAGUUGUAAAUGCAAAAUUUCAUGUCUUAUUAUAGGCAAAGGCAAAUUUACGCACACAUUAAGUAGGCUGUUCUUGCUCCAGGCGAGUCACAGAAAAGGCUUAAAAAGCACCUAUAAAAGUAUUUUAAGAAGACUGCUUAUUCCAAGAUUCUUCAUUCACUCUUUCAUGUAGGCCUAGUCCUUUUCUUCAAAGAGGACUUUCGGGUACCAGAAUAGUGCGUAAAGUUGAGGAGGGGAGAAUUUAACUCCCAAAAUAUUCCAUGAAUGGGAAAAAAAAGCAGAAAAGUUGCCGGGUAGCAGGUAGUAUCAGCGCCCGGUGGGAGGAGGAGAGGAGGAGGUGAUGGGGACCCCUGAAGGAGCGGGGAUGGACUGCCACACGAUUGGUGGACGGCUGCUCGCGUUGUGGCCCUGUGCCAAGCCCUUAUGUCUUUAUAUAGUGUAAAGAGAUGAGCGGACAGUCCUGAGUGUGUAUCGCAUCCACACUGCAGCUCCUCUGCUCCUUCUGCCUCUCCUCAGGACCCUCAGAGUCUGCUACUGAUCCACUUCUUUCUCUGCGCCUAUCUUCACUGCGAACACCAUGGUCUCCGUCAGACUACUGCUCUCUGUGUGCGUGUGGCUUCUAUUUGGGAGCCUCUCCACAGAGGCGACCUACUACCGCCACCACCGCUACAUCCCCAUCUAUUAUCGCUACCGGGAACACUCUGCCAACACUGAAAACCUCCUCCCCGAGGCAUCCAACCCCGCGCCUCGAGUGCCCACUCACCCUCGGGUUCCAGAAGUCUUCCACCCUGCACCUGAGCCGAUCCACCCCAUCCCCGAGGCAUUUAACCCCGUACCUGAAGUGGUUCAUCCCGCUGCACCUGAGCCUUACCGCCCACAUGAGAUCCCCCAGUCGGCACCUCAAGCUCCCUCUCCUGUCAAUAUGAGUCGGGUCUUCCAUGGGAUCAUGUUUGACGCCGGGAGCACAGGCACCAGAAUCCACAUCUAUAAGUUCAUCCAAAAGGACCCGGUUGAGUUGCCGGUCCUGGACAAUGAGAUGUUCCAUGCUGUAAAGCCUGGCCUGUCUGCUUACAAAGAGAAUCCUGAGGAGGGCGGCAACACCAUUCGCCAGCUGCUGAAAAUAGCAAAGAAGACAGUUCCAGAGGAGGACUGGAGGAGGACCCCAGUGGUGCUGAGAGCCACUGCGGGGCUGCGCCUGCUGCCCCAGGAACAAGCCAACCGCCUUCUGAAGGAGGUGAAAGAAGUAUUCGAUGAGUCUCCAUUCUUUGUGCCAAACAACAGUGUUUCCAUUAUGCCCGGAACAAAUGAAGGAGUCCUUGCCUGGGUCACAGUGAACUUCCUCACAGGACACCUGUAUUCUAACACUCGAAGGACAGUGGGCAUCUUGGACUUGGGUGGUGGAUCAACACAGAUCACUUUCCUCCCAAAGUCAAAGAAAACAAUCCAGUCUGCGCCCUCAUCUUAUAUCGCUAAUUUUAACCUGUUCAACCACACCUAUCAGCUGUACACACAUAGUUAUUUGGGAAAUGGACUGGUUGCCGGUCGCCUGUCUGCCAUGGGAGCUUUAGGAGCAGCUGGUCUUGAUUGGAAAGUCUUCACAAGUCCCUGUCUUCCAAAAAGACUCAAAGGAGAAGAAUUGUAUUUUUCAGGAAACACCUACAAAGUUAGCGGGAUUGCAGACGGCUAUGCUGGCUAUAAGCUGUGCUACUAUGAAAUGAUGAGAGUGAUCAAAGGCAUAGUGCACCAGCCCUUUGAACUGAAGGGGAGCAGUCUUUUCUAUGCCUUCUCUCACUACUUUGACAGAGCGAAUGAAUCAGGCAUCAUUGAUAGCAGAGGUGGAACUGUAGAAGUACGAGACUUCAAGAAGAAGGCAAAAGAAGUGUGCAACAAAAUGUCUAAAUACCGUACCACCCACCCAUUCCUCUGCAUGGAUCUGACAUAUAUCACUUGUCUCUUAAAAGAAGGCUUCGGCUUUAAGGACAACACAAAGCUACAUCUUGCUAAGAAAGUUAACAAUGUGGAAACAAGUUGGGCUCUUGGGGCCACCUUUGAUUACUUUAGAAACCUGAACAUCCACUAAAGCCCACGGCUGUGACUGCAGCUGGCACUGAGAGGAACCCUCACUGGGGCUACCUCCGCCCUCCUCCACCAGAUGUCCCACCAUACACAGCCUCACAUGUCCAAGAACUGUUGAAGAGAAAUCACUAUUUUUUUUUAUAAUGCCAGCUGUUUCUACUGUACCAGAACCAUUGGGUUUAUUUGAAAAGAUUUUUGUACGUUUACAUUAAUGAUUUCUCUUGGAUGUUUGAACAUGAUAUGCUAUUCACAUACCUGCAUGGUCCUAGUUUAGGAGCAGUAGUCAGGGUGACAGGGUGACAUUCUGGUUGAUUUCUGUGGUUUUGGUGCGCAAUAAUAAAUGCAGUAAAAUUUCUUAAAAUGCCUGAUACUGUUAGGGAGCCAAAGUUUGUACAGAUUUUAAGGCAUGGCAGGAAUCAUUAGAUAAUACAAACAAAAAUCUUAAACUUUGCACAAAACACUUUUAUCACAGAAUGUUUUUGAGACACAAAGUUACAGAGUUGUUCUAUUUGUAAAGAGCUCCACAUUGACUCUUCCUCACAGAACAAUUUCUUCUAUGCUUCAAAGCUUUUAUUUUGAAGUAAGGCCAGUUGACUUUGUUUGGUCUAGAAGGAAGCACUCCUCUUCACAGUGACUACAUUGAAGGGCCUUUAACUACCAGGAUAUAGGCCAGAGAAAUUUCAAGAGGAAAUGGCAAAUAUUAAUUAUGCACAUUUAAAAAAAACUUUCUUGGUGUGCAUAAGUGCACCUGGUUUCUUUAGAGUUAUGAAACUAUUAUAUUGUGAACUGUACACAUGUAAAAUGACUGAGACUUAAACUAGAAUAUACCUUCUUGUGCAGCUGCCUCGCCUUUGCUGUCUUUUCAGUAUUUCACACUCUAAUAACUACUGCUGUAUAUACUUAAUGUAUUUGUAAAAUAUAAUGACUUGACAAGAAUGGCUUUUGCAUUCCUCAACAAAUGGCUUUUUCAUUAACUAAUAUUUUUUAAAAUUCAGGUGUGUACAUUAUACAUCAUUGUUUUAAUAAAUUUUAAAUUAAUUCACUUAACCUUCUGUCAUGUUUGUCUUUUGUCUUUGCAAACAAAGAAACAUGUUUAGUGAAAACA